AUCACACACAUUGAUUCACAUUUCACUGGGAAGCGCUAAAGACGUGCUAGAUGAGUGAAAGAUGAGCGUCCAGAGUUUGUGUCCAUAUGGACUGAAGAGCUUGGUGGAGUGUAUUUCCAGAGCGACACUUCUAUCAAAACCAGCUGACAUCCCAAACUUCUUGGUUGAGUAUUUGUUAGAGGUGAUCCACUUCAGGUGCUCUAACGUUAACCAUGAAGCUGGUGACAAAGACGUCUCCUUCCAGUACCAAGACCUGUGGGAGGAAAAGUUCUUGAGAAAUAAGACUGGGACCGCAGUAAAACAACAGCUUCCAGUCGCCACCACAGAGACGUCUACACCAGCAGCAAAAUGUCCAUCUCUGAUAGAGAUAGAGGAGUUUUUAAAGACAUUGUAUUCUGAUUAUGGGUCUUGCAAUGAAGAAAGUGUGGGAAAGGACAUCAAGGCACCAGACAGAAAAGGUUUCCCCAUUGUAACCCAACCGAAAGCUGCAACCCCAUUAAAGCCAACUCCUCUCAAAGUAAAGACACAUAAGGUGUCUUUCCUUUCCAGUCACAAGGAGAGUGGGAGAACAACGGAUAAAACAUCAGAUACGAACCGUAAGCCCUCUCCAAUUUCCAGUCAUCCAAGACUGACGCCACCUCGCUGUGUGGUAAAACAAUCAGAAAAGAUGGCACGAGGAAUGAAGCCUGCACCAUCUCCCCGCGAUAAAACCACGAAGACACGUAGAGUGUCCUCAGUAAGAAGUGGAAAAGCUGACAUGGCUGAAACACGGCCCAAGCCUAAAGCCAGCCCCGCACCGGAACAAAGUGAUGACUGUAAACCGUCUGCACCUUCUAGUCAUCCUAAACCCAGGAAAGAUAUAACAGUGAACAGGGAAGUGGUGCCAGAAAGGACCAGCACCAGGCCUCUAGGACACAAAAAUAUGGGGCAACUGAGGUCAAGAGCAGGACCAUCCAAAUCCAGCAUUCCCAUGCCAGAGGGCACUACUGAACCUAGGGUACCAAGUCCAGAGAGCACCAGGAAACGGCCCACUACACCCAAGGUCUCUGUACCAGAGAGCACCAGGAAACGGCCCACUACACCCAAGGUCUCUGUACCAGAGAGCAACGGGAAACGGCCCACUACACCUAAGGUGUCUGUACCAGAGAGCAACGGGAAACGGCCCACUACACCUAAGGUGUCUGUACCAGAGAGCACCAGGAAACGGCCCACUACACCUAAGGUCUCUGUACCAGAGAGCACCAGGAAACGGCCCACUACACCUAAGGUCUCUGUACCAGAGAGCACCAGGAAACGGCCCACUACACCUAAGGUCUCUGUACCAGAGAGCAACGGGAAACGGCCCACUACACCUGAGGUCUCUGUACCAGAGAGCACCAGGAAACGGCCCACUACACCCAAGGUCUCUGUACCAGAGAGCAACGGGAAACGGCCCACUACACCUAAGGUGUCUGUACCAGAGAGCACCAGGAAACGGCCCACUACACCUAAGGUCUCUGUACCAGAGAGCACCAGGAAACGGCACACUACACCUAAGGUCUCUAUACCAGAGAGUAAAAGAACAAAGGACCUAAACGAACAAGAGAGCACCAGAAAACGCUCCGCAACACCAAAGCUCUGUUUACCAGAGUGGACCAGUACAAAAAACCUAAACGGACCAGAGAAGACCAGAGAACAGGCUAUCGUAUAUAGUGCACCAGAGAAGGCCGGAGCACCAAGGGUUCUGUGGUCCGAGAAGGCCAUUGCAAGGCCAGUUGGGGGUGGCCAGGGUAUAAGCUAUAGGCAAGGUUGUGUGGCAGAGGGUGCAAACAACUUGGGUCAAGUUAAAUAUUCUGCUGUCACUUGCCCACAGUUAGCACAUACCGUCCACAUCAUAAGGUAUAAGCGUAUGCUGCCACAAUCCACAACUCUGGGCUUCAGUGAUCAUUCAGGAAGCACCCAACAUCACUACGGGAUACAAUGAUAAUGCCAAACUAGUGCCCUUAAUAAAUACAGUCCUACUUCCUGUAUGAAACUGAUAAAAAAAA